CUGGGGGGUGCGCGCUGUCCGCUCCGGACGGGCCAGCUGGUUCGCUUCACAGGCGCCGGGUCCCCGCCCCACCACGGGACUGUAACCCGAUCCGCCAGCCGCCUCCCCUCCUGCCCAGCCCCUGCUCCGUGGCCUGGGUCCCCGCGUCACGCUGCCCGAGGCGGCCCUGCACCCCACAGCGAGUCCACCAUGGGCCGUCGGGCCUGCGGCCAUCUGGACACGUCGGGCGCUGUCCAGGGCCGCCGGUUCGGGGCCGUCCUGGGUGGGCUGUGCCUCGUCCCCGCUCUGCUGCUGUUGGCGCUGCUCAGGGCCCCCGAGGCGCCGGUCUGGAGCGCGUCGCAGUCUACUUUCCACAAUUUUGGGGCCUGGAGACUGUUCCUACUGCCUCCUCACAUCCACUUCCUUCCUGUGAAGAGAAAUGUGGAUACACCAAACCCCUCUGGGGUCCCCACCGCCCAGCUCCACAGCCCCCUGACCCUGCUGCUGCCUCGAAGACGACGCUACACGCUCACGCCGGCCAGGCUGCGGUGGGACCACUUCAACCUCACAUACAGGAUUCUUUCCUUUCCCCGGAAUCUCCUGAGCCCUCGUGAGACACGGCGGGGCCUGGCUGCUGCCUUCCGCAUGUGGAGCGACGUUUCCCCCUUCAGCUUCCGUGAGGUGGCCCCAGAGCAGCCCAGCGACCUCCGGAUAGGCUUCUACCCAGUCAACCAUACGGACUGUCUGGUAUCUGCUCUGCACCACUGCUUUGAUGGCCCCACGGGUGAACUGGCUCAUGCUUUCUUCCCACCACACGGUGGCAUUCACUUUGACGACAGCGAGUACUGGAUCCUGGGCCCCACACGUUACAGUUGGAAGAAAGGUGUGUGGCUCACAGACCUGGUGCACGUGGCAGCCCAUGAGAUUGGCCAUGCUCUGGGGCUGAUGCACUCACAGCAAGGCCGGGCACUCAUGCAUCUCAAUGCCACACUUCGAGGCUGGAAGUCAUUGUCCCAGGAUGAACUGUGGGGACUACACCGACUCUAUGGCUGCUUGGACAGGCUUUUUGUGUGUACAUCCUGGGCACGGAGGGGCUUUUGUAAUGCCCGUCAGAGACUCAUGAAGAGGCUCUGCCCCAGCAGCUGUGACUUCUGCUAUGAAUUCCCAUUUCCCACGAUGGCUGCCACCUUACCACCCACCAGGACCAAAACGAGGCUGGUGUCGGAGGGCAGGAACAUGACCUUCCGCUGUGGGCAGAAGAUCCUACACAAGAAAGGCAAAGUAUACUGGUACAAGGACCAAGAGCCCCUGGAGUUCUCCUAUCCUGGCUACCUGGCCCUGGGUGAAGCACAGCUGAGCAUCAUUGCCAAUGCAGUCAAUGAAGGCACCUACACCUGCGUGGUGCGCCGGCACCAGAGAGUGCUCACUACCUACUCCUGGCGGGUCCGAGUGAGGAGCUGACCCUGUUCAGAGGCUCUGGGCUGGAGGCCAGUAGAUAAAGCACUUUCUCUCUAA